AGGUCCAGUUGGGUCAGGAGACUCUAAGCUCAGCUCUUUGCCGUCCUGGAGCAGCACCACCAUGCCUGGUCCCCAGUCUCUGAGAGCACCCGCAGGGAGAAGCCGUCACGGUGUCCCUGCCACAAAGGGCACGCUCAGAAUCCUGGCUCAGCCUCGCUCCUCAGCACCAGCGUGUGGACUGGGCAAGAUUUUAAGCAAGGCGUGGCCACCCACCAGGAAAAGCCUAGCCUCGAGAGCAUCCCUCCAACAGCCGGACCUGCCGGAGCAGCAGGGCGAGCCCAUCCUCCAGAGCCCGGUGGUGCUGACCCAGGGCCCCGAGACCAAGCAGAGGCAUCUCUUCCUCUUCAGGGACUGGCUGGUCAUCGCCAAGCGGAGAUCUUCCAAGAGCUACGGACUCAAACAGAAGCUGCCUCUCUCUGACUUGGGGGUAGUCUCCUGUGACACAGGGGAAGAGCAGGAGGAGGACAAAGAUGGUGAUCUCAUCACCCAUGGAGGAAACGCUAUCUUCUUCAUCAUGGCCUCCGACCCGUGUGUCACCGAGUUCCCCCUGCAGGAAGGCGACACCUCCGCCAUGAUGGCUGCCGCCCUUCUUGGGCAAGACAGUCUUUCUGUCUGGCUUCAACAGUGCUCCACUGUGGAAGUUGAGCAAAGGCAGCUAGACUGGCUUCCUGCAAGGCCAUCUCAGCGCUGCACUCAGGAGAGCCAGGAAGCUUCCAGGCCACUGGAGGCCCGGGCUCCAGAUCUCUCACCACAUCCCUUUUGCUACAGUCUGCUGGUCAAUGCAAGUCAUGAAACCAGCCCACCUUCUAGGACUGGGGAAGUAGACUUCAUCUCUUGA